AAACCCUAUAGAGACCCCAGAGACCCCAGACCCUAUAGAGACCUCUAUGGAGACCCCAGACCCUAUAGAGACCCUAUAGAAACCCUAUGGAGACCCUAUAGAGACCCCAGACCCUAUAGACCCUAUAGAAACCCCUAUAGAGACCCCAGACCCUAGAGACCCUAUAGAGACCCCAGACCCUAUAGAAACCCUACAGAAACCCUAUAGAGACCCCAUAGAAACCCCUAUGGAGACCCCAGACCCCAUGGAAACCCCUAAACCCUACAGAAACCCUAUAGAGACCCCAGACCCUAUAGAGACCCCUGUGGAGACCCCAGACCCUAUAGAGACCCCUAUAGAAACCCCUAUAGAGACCCCAAACCCUAUAGAAACCCCUAUAGAGACCCCAAACCCUAUAGAAACCCUACAGAAACCCUAUAGAGACCCCAGACCCUAUAGAGACCCUAUGGAAACCCUAUAG